AUGGGGGAGGUCUUGAUUAAGUUUCUCUCCCUUUCUUUCUCUAUUUUCUCUUAUAUGUGUUUACAGAGAACUAAUUUUCUGCUUUUUGUGUUUCAGGAGGAAAAGAAACCGGAGGAAACCAAGGUUGAGGAGAAAAAACCUGAGGAAGCAAAAAAGAUACAAGAGGAGAAGAAGGAAGAAUCGGCAGAAAAAUCGGCCGGAGACAAAGACAAAAAGCCGGAAGAGGAGAAGGAAGAAGUGGUCCCACCACCGCCACCGCCCGAGAUUGUGCUCAAAGUGUUCAUGCAUUGCGAGGGUUGUGCUCGCAAGGUUCGUCGCUCCCUCAAAGGAUUCCCAGGUGUGGAAGACGUGGUCACCGAUUGCAAAUUUCACAAGGUGAUUGUUAAGGGAGAGAAAGCUGAUCCUCUCAAGGUUUUGGAGAGAAUACAGAGAAAGAGUCACAGACAGGUCGAGCUUCUCUCUCCCAUCCCGAAACCACCAGAGGAGAAGAAGAAGGUGCCGGAAGAAGAAAAGCCCGUUCUGUCCGAACAGAAGGAAGAAAAGCUUCCUCCAAUUGUGACGAAUCUGAAAGUUCACAUGCACUGUGAAGCUUGCUCACUGGAAAUCAAGAGGCGCAUACUGAGAAUGAAGGGAGUGGAAUCAGCAGAAGCCGAUCUGAAGAACUCACUGGUGAGUGUGAAGGGUGUGUAUGAUCCAGAGAAGCUGGUUGAGUAUGUGUUCAAGAGAACUGGGAAGCACGCAGUGAUAGUGAAGCAAGAGGCAGAAAAGAAAGAGAAGGUGGAGGAAGAAGCAAAAGAGGAGAAAAAGGAGGAGGGUGAGAAAGAGAAGAAGAGUGGUGAAGGAGAGGAAAAGAAGGAAAAGAAAGAGGAAGAAGCAAAGGGUGAGAGCAAAGCAGCAGAGGAAACGGCAGCAUCUAGUGAAGACAGCAACAAGGUUGUUCCAGAGGUGAAGAUCAAUGAAUACUUCUAUAACCCACCAAGGUAUGGCAUGGAGGUGUAUGCAUAUCCUGCACACCCUGUACACCCUGCACACCCUGCACACCCUGCGUAUUACCAUGCCUACCCUCCCCAGAUGUUCAGCGAUGAGAACCCAAAUGCUUGCACUGUCAUGUAA